UGGAAUUUGCUUCUACAAUGGGCAGGCAUAUUUUGCCUAAAGGUGACAGUCAAUUGCCAAUGAUCUGUCAGAAUACAAAUUGUCAUGAAGAUGGCUCAGUUACGGUUGAAGGAUGUGGACGUAUACCUUUGCCUAAUUGUACUUUAAUCGAAGAAGGAAGUCUUAUGAAAUCUUAUCCUGAAUGUUGUGAAAUGACUUAUCAAUGCAUAGAUGAAGAUGGAAACACUUACAAAAAACAAUGGAAUCAAUUGAAUCCGAAUAAUUCUAAUGCUGGAACAGUAUCAACCGAUGAAAAACUAAAACAACCAUUAAUUUUGAAGCUGCUGCAAUUCUUCUAACUAUCAAAACGAUAA